GGUGUGCAGACUUGCAUCUUCUGGACAUGUUGACACCUACUGAAAGAAAAAGGCAGGGAUACAUCCAUGAGCUCAUUGUCACGGAAGAGAACUAUGUCAAUGAUCUGCAGUUGGUCACAGAGAUCUUCCAGAAACCACUAAUGGAAUCUGAACUGCUAACAGAAAAAGAAGUUGCUAUGAUUUUUGUUAAUUGGAAGGAGCUGAUUAUGUGCAAUAUAAAACUACUGAAGGCUUUGCGUGUGCGUAAGAAGAUGUCUGGAGAGAAGAUGCCUGUGAAGAUGAUUGGUGACAUACUGACAGCUCAGCUGCCACACAUGCAGCCUUACAUUCGGUUCUGUAGCUGCCAGCUCAAUGGGGCAGCGCUCAUCCAGCAGAAGACAGAUGAAGUCCCUGAGUUCAAGGAGUUUGUUAAAAUAAUAGAAAACACUCCUGAAAAUCACCCAGACCACAGUCACUUGAAGCAUGCUCUUGAGAAAGCCGAAGAAUUAUGUUCUCAAGUAAAUGAAGGAGUGCGGGAGAAGGAAAAUUCAGAUAGGCUGGAGUGGAUCCAGGCUCAUGUUCAGUGUGAAGGCCUGUCAGAGCAACUCGUAUUUAAUUCUGUUACAAACUGCUUGGGACCACGCAAGUUUCUGCACAGUGGGAAACUCUAUAAAGCCAAGAGUAACAAGGAACUGUAUGGCUUUCUGUUCAACGAUUUCCUCCUCCUGACUCAGAUCAUAAAACCUCUUGGCUCUUCUGGCACAGACAAGGUCUUCAGCCCCAAGUCUAAUCUGCAAUACAAAAUGUACAAAACUCCCAUUUUUCUAAAUGAGGUACUAGUAAAAUUACCCACAGACCCUUCUGGAGAUGAGCCCAUCUUCCAUAUCUCCCACAUUGAUAGAGUCUAUACGCUGCGGGCUGAAAGCAUUAAUGAAAGGACUGCCUGGGUUCAGAAGAUCAAAGCUGCUUCAGAACUUUACAUAGAGACUGAAAAGAAGAAGAGGGAAAAGGCCUACUUAGUUCGCUCACAAAGAGCAACAGGCAUUGGGAGGUUGAUGGUGAAUAUUGUUGAAGGCAUUGAACUAAAACCUUGCAGGUCCCAUGGAAAGAGUAACCCGUACUGUGAGGUGACGAUGGGCUCUCAGUGCCACAUCACCAAGACGAUACAGGACACCCUCAACCCAAAGUGGAACUCCAACUGCCAGUUCUUUAUCAAAGACCUUGAGCAGGACGUGCUCUGCAUUACGGUGUUCGAGAGGGACCAGUUUUCCCCAGAUGACUUUUUGGGCAGAACAGAGAUCCGUGUGGCAGACAUUAAGAAGGAUCAGGGUUCAAAGGGACCAGUUACAAAGUGUCUCCUCCUGCACGAAGUCCCAACAGGAGAGAUAGUCGUCCGACUAGACCUGCAAUUGUUCGAUGAGCCUUAGAAGGAAAGGGACCAAUGUUUUAUUUCAGUCUGAGUUCACUGCAAUAGGUGUCUGCAGAAGCUGUCACAAAAUCCUUAUUAGUGUGGUAUGAAACUACUGCUUGCCCUUCACACGUAAGAGGGUUAUCAAAGCAAACAGGAGCAUCUUUGUGCCUUGAUAAUUCUCACUGAAAAAUGAAGCCCAGUUUAGUGAGGAGAUCUCCCUCGAUUUCUCUAUGUGGACCUUGACGUGAGUUUUCUGGGUUUAUGAAAUAACUUGGUUGUUUGUUGUGCUCCAGUCUGAAAGGCUGGCAAACCACAUAGGUUGCUGUGCUUGCUCCAGUUACCCUACUCUUUAAUUUACAUGAAGAAGGCAAUGUUGGUAUGUUUUGGAGGCUUUCUGCAGGGUUUUCCCCAUCGAGGAAUUCUGUGCCUAUUGCUCAGCAAAGUGGUGCGUAAAUGUAAUGUGAAUGGAAGGAGCAGUGAUGCAGUAAGAAGGUCUUUGAAGAUCUUCAUGGCGGUACUGAAAAGACUUAGAAAAUAAAUAGUCUAUAUCUAUA